AUGGCUCGCGCCGCUCCACGCAGACAGGUCAAGCCUGCCGCGCCGCCAGCUUCCAACUGCAUGAGCAAGUACACCCGUGUCUCCAAGGUUGAGGCCCUUCCAGUAGACGACACCGUGAAGAAGGCCUUUGUCAUUGAGCUGCCCAGCUCUCGUACAAUUUCGACCGCGGAAGUCUCAAUCAAGACUGAGGACUCUCCCAGCAAACCCCUCCCCACGCCAUCCACGCCAUCUUCUAGGAAGCGUAAGGCAGGACCUGUCGAAGACACAAGCUUGCCUGUUAGAAAUUCCAGACGCAUUGCACCAUUGCCUGAGUCGUUAAAGCGUCAGCGGAUCUCUAAAGAUGGCUGGAAGGACGAGCCCGUCUCCGUCAAGAAGGAACUCGAGUCUACUCCGACCACCUCUUCUACCCCCAAGAACACCAAGUCCACGAUUGCCGACGCCCACCAAAAGACUCGCAAGUCAACCAUCAUUUCUCAAGCAAAGACCGAAGGACGUAAGGCCAACACAAAAGUUGCACGGUCGAAGAGGCGCAACGCCCCUACCGAAUCAGGUGUAAAAGAAGAACCGGCAACCAAACAACUACCAGCCGAGCUAGUAGAGCUUUUGGACCUGCAGCGCGCCAUUCUAAAGACUGUUUCGCUUCAGAUUACACACCAGAACAGCAAUGCUCCCCUCGACAUCAGUGCCAUCACCCCUCAUGUUUCUCGGACGUGGGGAAAGAGAAAGGUUACCACGGACGAUAUCCGGAGGUGUAUUGCCAUCCAAGACAUGAAGCCUGCUGGACGGGAACUGGAGAUGCUUGGCUCUCCUUUCAUUGUCACUGACUACGGUCGUGGCAAGCUCUGCCUUGAGAUUGACUUCACCAAGGGCUCUGGGCGUAUCGACGCGCAAAAGCUGUGCCAGCAGUUUGAGGAGAAGCUGCACAUUCUCUGUGAUGAGCGGGCCACAGAUGAGAUGUCAGACCUGGAUGUCUGCUUUGAAAACCUAAGCUUCAACGAUCUGCCCAUGUCAGAGAUCACUCGUCGCCACAACAUUAUCAGCCAAAAUCCAGCGCUGGCCAAGGGACAGCGCGCCCUGACCGAGCUUAAGAACGGGAUCGUCAUUAAGCAGCAAGAAAAGGAGGCCAAAGCCCAGGUUGCCAAAACUGCGACGAUCAACCCAAAGAUGAGUCUGCUCGACAGGCUGCGAGCAAAGGAGAUAGCCAACUCCAAGAUCGAGCUUCCCACUGGUCCUGAAAUGGCAAGAAAGCGAGCACUGCAUCGUGUUGGCGACAUCGCAGCCAUUAUCUCCAUGCUUGUUGCUUCGUCAAAUUCGGCCGGUCAGCCUGUCAUGUCCUUCACCAUGCAGGUUCUACAGCAGAAGCUGAAGGAUUCUGUGAGAGUACCUAUGCCCAUGGAAGAGGGCAUCGACACGGUUCGUAUACUAGCCAACGAAAUUGCACCGGAGUGGCUCAAGCUUGCCAGCGUGGGUGGCAAGGAGCAUGUUGUGAUCCAGACGCGACGCAAGCCAUACGAUGCUGAGCUCGCUGCCAGAGUCAAGAGGGUUUCUGUGUAG